AUGACGAUUCAAUUCACACCGAGCCUGGAUGGCCCCGCCUACGCCACGCAGGCUCAACACUGGAAGCAGGAUGAACGACCACAACAAUAUGCCGCCAUCGCGAUUUGCACCGCCGCACCAACCAUUGCGGUCGCAGUCCGCCUUUGGGCGCAGCGCACCUACCGAAAAUCCUGGGGUCUCGACGACCUUUUCAUCAUCGUAGCGCUUCUCAUCGUAUAUGCCGAGGUGGUUGCAUCCUGCUUAGCCUUGAAAGCCGGUGCAGGUCUGCACCAAGUCCGGGUGCUCAAAGAGGAUCAAGAUCCACCGAAUGGGCUCUCAUAUAUCUACAUUAAUUACUGGAUCGUCUCUGUUCUCUGGGCCCCCGGGGUCAUGUUUAUCAAACUCUCGAUUCUGAUUCUGUACCGCCGCUUGUUCCUCGUCCAGCAAAAGUGGUUCAAGAUCGCAUUGUGGGUCAACGCAUUUUAUGCCGCCGGUCUGGGUAUCUCGUCCACGUUCGUGUUCAUCUUCCAAUGUGCGCCAGUCGACUGGUACUGGACUCGGUAUCGCGCAUAUUAUGGAAUUGAAAUGACGCAGGGGACUUGCUUGCCGCAGCUUGCCCACCUGGCGGCUCCGCAGUUCCUGAAUACCGUCUCAGAUAUGGCCAUUCUGCUUCUGCCCGUUCCUGUCAUUUGGAAUCUUAAGAUCCAAAAUGCGCGCAAGGUCGCGGUAUCGGGAGUGUUCCUUCUGGGUUGCUUCACGGUCGGCUGUGGAAUAGCUCGAAUCGCCGUCAUCUUCCGUGUGAGCAAUGAAACGGAUGUAACAUGGAACAAUAUCGAUACAGUCACUUUCACUGUAGUUGAAGCCGGUGUCGGCAUCAAAUGGGGUCUGAUGGCGGGUGGCUCCGACCCCAAGGUCCACUACUAUGGCGAGACUACGAACCACCCCCGAAGACACUCUCGGUUCACCAAGAUCACGAGCUCCAAGUCAGAUCCUAACAACGCCAGCCUUGAGUUCCAGGACCUGGUUCGUGAAAGCGACUACCACGCUUGGUCUCCUACUGGGAACAACCGGAAUUCUGGCGUUAAACUGAAGAGGCCCCAGGAUGCUAUCCUGGUAGAGAACCGCAUAGAGACCUCGUCGGAUAUUGGGGAGGAUGUGAAACAGCCAUUUCGGUUUUAG